GCUGUGACAGAAAAUAACCCUCGGCGCUUGCAAAACAGAUCGCUCUUAUUUCUUUUUUUUUUUUUCAUUCUUGACUCGGAAACGACAGAAAUAAUAGUUGACCCUGAGGAGGUUCGGGGUUGUUUUGUUGACAGACGAGCGGCAGCGGUUGAACAAUAACGGUGGUUGCGCGCUGACAGCAGCUCGGUGCAUCAUUUUUGGGAUUCCUCUGUUAGCUCUGGGACGAAAUUCAAUAGCGGUAACGUGAUGUUGUGCAUGAGCAGAUCGAUUUAGGAUCUUCUUGGGGAGUGUUUUAUUUGCCGAAAUAGACUGGUAAACAAAAUCAAACUCACUGAAUGUAGUGUUUUUACGGCCCAGGAGCGCAAGUGGCCUGGAGUUAGGAGGACCGAUGGACCGAUGAGAGUGCAUUUGAAGGGUUUAAGAUUCUGAUAAAUAGACACAACAAUUUGGAUUUCUUUUGGUUGUAGACACUACCAGAGACCAAACCCUUAAUCAGCCCGACUGAGCCGAAUAUAAAAUCAGGCCAAACCUCAGUAUCACUAUCAAGAACCAACUGUCACCACCCAUUUAGGAUAGCAGAACAGAGACUAUUUCUAUCAUCUAUACAUUAUACAUAUUUUUUCUGGGACAGAUGUGAGAUAAAUUAUCUCUGCAAACAUUUUCUGUCUUUUAAAAGAGAAAUUGUCGCUAACCACUUUGGGCCCUUAAGUUAUUUGUUUUUUAAUCCAUAAGAAAUUUUGAAACAGCCUUUUAAUUUGGAAUUCUUUUUAUUUCAUAUGUGGGGAAAUCUCCGGCUGACAAACAUCCAAUCCCUCAAGGACACAACAAAUUUGCAGACAACAACUUUGACUAGUUGUACAAAUUGAAGGAUUUACUAGUCCAAUAAUAGGCAACCGGCAACCAUGUUCAGCUGGCUUGGAACCGACGACAGGAGGAAGAAGGAGCCAGAAGUCUUUCAGACUGUCAGUGAAGGUCUGAAGAAGCUUUACAAAACCAAACUCCUACCACUGGAGGAAAGCUACAAGUUCCACGAGUUCCACUCCCCGGCUCUGGAGGAUGCUGACUUUGACAACAAGCCCAUGGUCUUACUGGUGGGACAGUACUCCACUGGCAAGACGAGCUUCAUACGCUACCUGUUGGAGCAAGAUUUUCCUGGAAUGCGGAUUGGCCCGGAGCCCACCACGGAUUCCUUCAUCGCGGUGAUGCACGGCGACACAGAAGGAGUCGUUCCUGGAAAUGCUUUGGUGGUUGACCCCAAGAAGCCCUUCAGAAAGCUGAACGCAUUUGGAAAUGCAUUCCUCAACAGGUUUGUGUGCGCCCAGCUGCCUAACCCAGUACUGGAAAGCAUUAGUGUGAUCGACACACCAGGGAUUCUGUCUGGGGAGAAACAAAGAAUCAGUCGAGGCUAUGACUUUGCGGCUGUCCUGGAGUGGUUUGCGGAGCGAGUGGACAGGAUCAUAUUACUGUUCGACGCCCACAAACUGGACAUCUCAGAUGAGUUCUCCGAGGUGAUAAAGGCCCUGAAGAACCACGAAGACAAGAUCAGGGUUGUGCUGAACAAAGCGGACCAGAUAGAGACCCAGCAGUUGAUGAGGGUCUACGGUGCUCUGAUGUGGUCGCUGGGGAAAAUAGUCAACACACCUGAGGUGAUCCGCGUCUACAUCGGUUCAUUUUGGUCCCACCCUCUGUUGAUCCCUGACAACAGGAAGCUGUUUGAGGCGGAGGAGCAGGACUUAUUUAAGGACAUUCAGUCCUUACCAAGAAAUGCAGCUCUUAGAAAACUCAACGAUCUGAUCAAGAGGGCAAGACUAGCCAAGGUCCAUGCCUACAUCAUCAGCUCACUGAAGAAGGAGAUGCCUUCUGUGUUCGGGAAGGAGAACAAGAAGAAAGAACUAAUCGGCAGUCUGGGAGAUAUCUACAAACGCAUUGAAAGAGAGCAUCAGAUAUCACCCGGAGAUUUCCCAAAUCUGAAGAAGAUGCAGGACCAACUCCUGGCUCAGGAUCUCACCAAAUUCCAGCCUCUGAAGCCCAAACUCCUGGAGGCAGUUGACGACAUGCUAGCCAACGACAUUGCUAGCCUAAUGGUCCUGGUCCGUCAAGAAGAAACACAGCGCCCUAACCCAGUUGUGAAGGGCGGUGCGUUUGAUGGCACUUUGGACGGCCCGUUCGGCCAUGGGUAUGGCGAAGGAGCCGGUGAGGGCAUAGAUGAAGCAGAGUGGGUCGUUGCCCGUGACAAACCGGCUUACGAUGAGAUUUUCUACACAUUAUCUCCUGUCAAUGGAAAGGUGACAGGAGCCAAUGCCAAGAAGGAGAUGGUGAAGUCAAAACUGCCCAAUACAGUGCUGGGAAAGAUCUGGAAGCUGGCAGAUAUUGAUAAGGAUGGCAUGCUGGAUGAUGAGGAGUUUGCAUUGGCUAAUCACCUGAUAAAAGUGAAACUGGAAGGACAUGAACUUCCCUCAGACCUGCCUGCACACCUGGUGCCCCCAUCUAAGAGGAAAAUACCAGAGUAAAUGUAAGAUUACCCCAGCACCCCUGCUCCAAAAGCUGUAACUAAACCCCACCCCCAACCCUGGAGAAAAAUUAUUCCCAUUAAAAGAGGAAGUUUAUUGUAGCAUUAUAGCAAAAAAAAACUUCAAAUUGAAAGAUUAGACCGCAUUUCUAACUCUCAACCUGCCCUGCUGCCUCAUACCCACAUCUGCAGUCUUUCCUUACCUUCAAGAGGCAAAUAUUAGAAUAAAUAGUUGAAUUAGAAUAUAGUCAAGUUAAUGAAUCUUAAUUGACUGUAAACCUUUGUGUGACUUUGUAAUGCUUUUUUACACAGAACUCUGCAGGAUUUGACGUGUCAACAGGGUAACAUGUUCUAGUAACUUCUGGAUUCAAAUGCAACAUCUCUGCAGUGCUUUUACCAGGGUAGAAAAACUGGAUCUGCACGAGAAGAGUUGUUAGGUAGGUAGCGUUAGAGAUGUUUGGACAACUGAUAACUCUGGUUAGUAAAGAAAAACAAAUUAAAAGUCUAAAACAAGAAACUACUGUAAGAAAAUGGGAGAGAUGCAACAACGUGACGACAAAAAGAAGGAAGAAAGAACAUUUUGUUGGAAGGAUUACUGUGGAGGAUGGGUAUAAAAAUGCAAAUAAACGGGUUAUUCCCAUUAAAACUUUAUCUAUAAUACAAAGUAUUAUUAUAUUAUUGUUUCUGAUCAGCACAGUAAACUCAUGUUCGACUGCAGUAUUUCACACGACAACCAAAACAUUUCACAGCUCUCGCGUCUCUAGGUCCUGCAUUAUUUUUGGUCUCCUGGCACUGCUGAGUAUUCUGGCUUUUGUUUCAUGGCGACAUAUUAAACAGCUACAAAGGUUUCCUGUCAAAUGGCUUGAGAAUACACACAAACAUACCAGUGUGUAAAAGCACACACAGACACACAAACAGAAAAUGAACACCAUUCUCGGUUUGGAUUUUGACCAUGAGAGAGUAGAGCACUUUGCUGUGUCACACCUCGAGUUAACACAAAAAGAAAAUAGUCUAAAUCAGUUACUAACUUUUUAAAAUGUGAUGUGCUGAUGUUGGUAUUUGUGUGUGGGAUGGAGUUUAAGACAUCACCAUCGCUUAUUGUGGGAUGGACCUUAAGAGGACAUUUCGCAGUGGAGGAGCAAAUGUUUCCUUGCUGGGGAAACAAGCAGGGGAGAAGCUAAGAAUGUUAAGUGGUUUGUCUCUUCAAGGAUUUUUAAAUAGCUCUGAAUCUCAUUUACAUGUUUGAAAAAUACUGUGACUAUAAUAUGAAACUAUAGUAUGGGUUUUGUUUGGACACAGUGUGCUGACAUUCUCAGUAUAAAUGUAUUGUGAGGACUUUGAAUGUUGAAUGUGCAGACGUUCAUGGUUCUGUGUGGGCACAUCCUGACUGUUCUAUGUAUGCAUAUGAACAUGUGUAACUGUUAUUUUAUGUAAUGUGUAUGUUUUAAGUCUUAAGCAAUACACAGGCUACUGAGUUGGGGUUAUUCCAGGGGGUUAUUGAUUGAAAAUUGAUGAACCAGUUCUUGUUCACUAACCCAACCUUGCAGUCCAGAGUCCAACACACACAGCUUUUUUUCUUACUUUGUGAUGAUAACAAACACUAAUCAACACAUUUUUCAAACUGUUUUUUCUCUUUGUUUUUGAAGAAAAAAAAAAUUGGCUUUCUCUUCCAUAUAUUUAAAUUGUACACAUGUAAUAAAUGUAAUUCUUCUUCACAAUGUUUCUGAUGUAUUGCUGUAGCAUUAUGCCAGUAUAUGUAUGUAUAUUUCAUGUUAGGACCGUAGUUUUAAUGAGUCUCUAUCAUAAGGUGAAAGUAAACUAACUAAAAUUGGAUUCCCAUAUGAUAAGAAAUGUUCACCAGUGUGUUGGGAGUGAGACAGUAUUUACUUAUUUUGAGCUUUCGAAUUUAACUGAAAUGUUUCCAGUUUGUGGCCGUUGAUGCCCCUCCCUGUGCGAUUACUGUGAAUCUGAUGUACAUAAGUCGGCUGCUUGCAUUCCAUGAACACAGCUUUGGAAAUCAUCCUCAUCAUCUUGUGUGCUUUAUUCAUCACUAGCUCAUAUUUCAUCGACGACCCAGAUCAGGCAGUAAAAUAUGUGCGUGUUGAAUAUGGAUUCUCUGCAAAGCAAAGUCCUUGAAUCUGGCAUGUUGGUUUCAUAUCCUGACGGAUUGCAACAUGAAAUCCUGUCUACUGGUAAAUAUGCUAAGUGGAAACACUGGUGUUAUAUUUUGUCUGUUUUUGAGAUGGUGGGUGGUUCAUUGCUUAAUCUGUAUGUCACUGCUUUCCUGUCUACAUAAACAGUCUAAAAGCAUAAUAAAAUUCAUUUACUCAA